AUGUCAACUAUACUUUGCCAAACUCUCGUCUCCUCUAAUUUUGACUCCCAAUCGGCAGAAACCACCACCCUCAACCUGAAAGUGGCGCCGCCGCCGCAACCGUCACCUCCGGCGACCUUCGACUUCUUCAAUAAUCCGGCCGCCGACAGAUCCACAAAUCUGGAAUUCGGAAAUUGGGGUUUCCUCCAAAGAGGAUCAGGGGAAUAUUUCAGAGACGCAAACCCCUGGGCCCGAAAAUCGUGCUUCUCAGCCAUGACAUCUGAAUCGCUCCAACUCUGCACCGAAAAUCUCGGCAGCGAAUCCGGCAGCGAUAUCAUGUCCGACGUCGGAGAUCCCAUUUUCUCCUCAUCGUCCUUGGUCGAGCAAUCGAGUCCUCAAAGCAGAGAAUUAAUCGGCACCAAUUGCGACCCACUCUCAAAUCCCAAAAAAAACCCUAACCGCCGUGAGGCGAAGAGCUACCCACCGCCUCUGACGACGAUGAGCGGCGCGAGCUCGCUACAGGUGCGCCGCCACAGGGAGGGUGGCCGGCUCAUCAUUGAGGCGGUGGAGACGCCGUUUAGGAACGCGUACCUUCAGGCGGAGAGGAGCGACGGCAGGCUCCGGUUGAGCUACAUAACGGCGGAGGCCACCAAUUCCGCUGCCGAAGAGGAGGAAGACGAAACGGCGCCGGAGGAGGAGGAGGAGGAGGAAAUUGAGGAGGCGGUAUGCGAAUCGGACGAGGAAUUCGAAUUGGAUGGAAAAAUUAACAGUAAUUUCGCCCUCGAAUUGGAUGGAAAAAUUAACAGCAAUUUGGAAGGGGAAUUAGAGAAAUAUCUAAGGGUGAGGAGAUGCAAGGAGGAAGGUGGGGCGGCGCGUGGGAGUAAUUGGGGGCCUGCGCUUUGGGUCGCCAUUUCCUAA